UUGUGGGUAACAGAGUAAACCAAAAAGCUCUUCAUGCGCCUGCGCAAAACCACGGCCUGUCAUUUCAAAAGGAAACGAGGGAAGUCGCUCGGCAGUGAUUACUUUGGUGCCAUGCCUCUCUACGUGUUACCAGAGGGCACUGACGCUGGUGCUCAGAUACCAGCACACCUGUCCCAAGUUCCCAUUCCACUUAUCACCACCACAAUGGACUGCUUCAACAAAUCAGUCAAGGGAAAAGUGAUUUCUCAAGACCCGUUGGUGUCGGUAGCUGCUGAUGACUUCAUGCUAAAGACGGUCAUUCAGGAGGACCCAGCACCCGGUGCUUCGUCUCAGUACAUGUCCAUCAGCGUUGUUGUAUUGGGAGCACUCGCUAAGGAAUUCAGUGAAACUGUCAAUCAAGGGGACGUGUUGGUGGCCUCUGGCUUCACCGUGGAGGAAUCGUCCGCUGCUCAGGACCGCACGCUCCAUCCCUGUCACCUCCUGCUGUCAGGAAACGACGCCUGUCUUUAUGUGUGUCGCCAGUUGCCGCCUUCUGACCCCAAAUCCCCUUCAGCAAACAUGAAGAAGACCACGCGCUCCACUGAGGUUGUCAGGAGGCCAAACGUAACCAAAUACACGUAUGUGAAACUGGACGAACUGAAGGAUCAGACUGUAGUUAGUCUGUACGGAGUGGUGGUCUUCUUCAAACAGCCCUUCAAGAGCCGUGGAACAGACUUUUGUUCAAGCCUGAAGAUAACAGAUCAGUCAAACCUGAAGAUUGUUUGCACCAUUUUCUGCGACAAGCUGGAGAACCAUCCCAAAAUCUUUCAAAUUGGAGACAUCAUUCGCCUGCACAGAGUCAAGGCCCAGCUUUUCAACAGCUCCAUGACGUUGCUCAACACCCAUGGUUUCUCUGUGGUGACCUUUGACGGGGCAGUUGGCGGCCCAGUGGAACCUCGCGCCUCCAGCCUCCACUUCCACUUUGAUAAGGAGGACCGUCGAAUCGUGAAGGAGCUACGGUCGUGGGCGGCCACCCAAACUCUCCGGCCUCCACUUCCCACAAUCCCACUGUCUGCCGUUCAACCCAGGACCUAUUUUGACCUGACCUGUCAACUGCUUUCCAAAGCUGUUAUUGAUAGCACCUGCACUUUACUGAGGGUUUGGGAUGGGACCCGGUGUUCUCGCCCCCUGUUGAGAGUGAUAGUCGAGCGCAGUUCCGUUGAAGGACCGUCCUCAUUCUCCAGGCAGAAGGAAAACCUCAUCGCUAAUGUUCUUGUCUACGAUAACCACGUGAUGGUCGCCAGGGAGUUAAAGCCUGGAGACUUCCUGAGAAUCUACAACCUGCGAGCGAUUCCUGGUGCCAGUAAAGUCCCUGGACUAACCAGCAACCAGUUGGAGGAUCAGGAUCACUUGGCCUUUCACCUUCACGGUGGAACAGCCUAUGGCAGAGGCAUCAGAGUUCUAACUUUUGAAAAGUUCCAAGAACAAGAGGAGUCAGUCGAUGACACUGAGAUGUUGGAGAUGUGGUGCACACCGCCAGAGACCCUAGGUGAAGACACAGUGGACUCCAUGACAGUGAUGAGCUGUAGCCACAGCGCACAGCCUACGACUCUCUCCCAAGUGAAGCGAUCUGGCCCAGGUGGGACUCACCACGUCAGGGUCCAGCUCAAAUCCUACCAACCUCGCAGACUCUACCAGGCUCUGAAACUUUACUGCAGCAAGUGCAAAUCUAUAGUGGAGGUUCCUGAUGACGAGCUGGUGGCAGAUCUGUUUUCCGAGUCGUGCACAGACACCAGUUCCUGCAGCCUGCCACCGUGGGUGCUCUACGGACAACUGGAGCCAGGAAACCCAAACUGCACUGUGAACAUUCACAUGUCCGCCGAGCUCACGGCCAGAGGGACGCCCACGGAGCUCCUUUUCAUCAGUGGUGCCACUCUGAAGGAUAUGUGUCUGUUAGCAGAAGAUUAUCCCAACAUCGUCCCUGUGAGGUCGUCAGAAGGACGUCUGGCUCUGUUCGACCUGUCUGCUCCGUUCUUGAUCAGGGGCAGAAAGAAAUUCUUUGGGUGUAAGCGAUGCUCUGAAGCCACGGUGCAGGAGCCGUCUGAAGAAGUGGAAGUGAUCGAUGAGAAGGUUAUUGCAGAAGCUCUAGGUGUUCAGCUUCUCCAGUUUGUCCUACUGAUGAAGCUGGAGCUGCAGGACGCCACCGACACUCUGGACGUCUUCCUGUGGAGAGAUGCUGAGCUGUUCUUCGGCUUGUCAGCAGAAGAUUCAGCUGUAAAUCAGGAGGCUCAGAGGUACAUCGAACAAACCAUGGCUCUUCUCUGUCCACCAGAGGGCAGCAAAGGGGGGCGUCCGUGGCUGAAUCUAUGUCUGACAGCCUACAGUGGUGAGGAUGAGAAUGGUCACCCACAGACCUGCUACCAGGUCCUCCACAGCAAAGUCAACAGAACCUUCUCCACACAGACAGAACAGGAUCCUGCCUGAAAUCUGUGCAGGUGGUUUCUCUCGGAGUCACGACCUUCACCCUGUGCGCCUUGUGCAUCGAUCGAUUCCGAGCUGCCUCCAACGUGAAGAUGUACUAUGAGAUGAUUGAGAACUGGGUCUCC